UCCUUCUACACACGAUAACGCAGAAUACAGCAAAAAAAUUUUAAUUUGAAAUUUUAUUCAAAAUAUAUUUAAGUAAAAUGUGUUAAAACUAUAAUAAGUGGAACAAGAUUUAGUGCUUAAGUGAAAAGUGUAAAAACUCUUUGGACUUUUGGUAAAAUAACGCGCCUAUUUUGUGGUGUUAAUCUCCCAUAAAUUGUCGUAGUAGUGCUGUGCAGUGUUUACUUACCAAUUUGGUGAACUUUUUUUUUUACAAUAAAUUGCAAUUUUUCCCAUUAAUAUAAAACAUAAUUUGAAGAAAAUCCUCUCAAGAAGUUACCAACAAUGGAUAUCAGUGAUAAUAUGGAUUCUCUAGACGAUUCUUCGGCGUUACCCGAAUUAAGCUUUGAUGAUCUUUUAGAUGCCUCACCCAUAAAGAAAACAAAUAAAACAAGUUUUGAUGAUGACAUCUUGGAAAUGGAUAAUGAACGAAAAAAUCGUACAGAUGAUACGCUCAAUACGCCGGGACCUAAAAAACCACCCACUAUGCAAAAAACUCUCAACACCUCCAUAGCCAUAUCGAGUGGAACGAAAACAUUAACACCCGUACGAACGCAUGCUGUCAAAUUGGGCAAUAGUCCGAGCACUUUUACCCAGGUGGUUAAAAAUAAUGGUGGCAACACAAAUACAACACCAGUUUUAUUAAAUACCAAGAAUGUUUUACCAAAAACUGCAACACAAAUACCCACAAAUUCGUCCAUUAAAUUAACACCAAAAGUUGUGGGAGGAAAUACUGGCACGAUGGCUGGUAAAACAGCGGUACGGACUUCAAAUGGUCAAAUAAUUUACAUACAAAAAACACCAACAGCUGGUAAUAUCAAGGCAACGGGUGGUACUACCACAAAUGUGGCAAAAACAUCUACUUUAGGGGGUAACAAUUCUAAACCAGUGACCAUACAAGUACUACGUACAGCAGAUGGUAGUUAUGUACCCAUAAAAACUAGCACAACAGGAGCAAAUGGCAAAAAUACCACCUUAACACUGUCACCCACUAGUUUGGCGGGUAAGAAAAUCAUCUCAUCGGCAGGAGGACAGGUUAUUAUAAAGGGCACUAUUAAGCCUACAGAUGCAACAGGCACUGUAACAUCCAUGGCUAAAACAAUCACCACAAAUGCUUUAACCGGAGUCAGAACUGUGGUAAAACCUAUGACAGCCACAUCCUCUGCUAGUGGGCAAGUAAAUGAUUCAAACAAAUCAAAGCCAAUAGUUGUGCAGGCUUCGGGUGGCAAACAAAUUAUAGUAUCUAAUCAGAACAUUGUCAAAUUAUCUCCCAAACCACAAACGGUUACAACAACCGCCGGAGCGGGUACGCUUAAUACCUCUACUACUGGUUCAGGACAAAUACAUGCCAUACAAAUACCCGGUAAAAUAGGUGUACAAUAUGUGCGUGUUUUACCCAAUACAAAGGUGCCCGCCAAAAGCUUAAAUACCACAGCAUCGACCUCUGUUACUUCUACUGCAACGGCAGCUACAAAAACAGUAAAUACCACAACAACAUCUAAUCAGCCGGUAAAAAUUUUAAAUUCUUUGCCGCAAAAAUUUACUUUGGUACAAAAAGCUGGUACAAAAUUGGUGGUAACUCAAAAGAAAGAUAACUCUAGUGGCAGUAAUACGGAUUUCUUGACUUCUAAGGUACAGAAAACCAUAGUCACAGUGCCCACCAUCAAGUCUUUAAAUGAGGAUAAAAACAAAAAUUCUCCUGUGCAGCAGCAGCAGUCUUUAAUUAAAAACACUUCUGCGAAUUUAACAAACAGCAAUAAUAACUCCAACAGUAAUCAGACUAUAAUAAGAAAACAUAAAAUAUCCGAAAUAAAUACAGAAAUACAACGAAUUACCAACACGACAGAUAAUGCCGGACCACCGGAAAUCAAAAAACCAACACCAAAUAAUCGAGUUGUAGUCGUUUCCAGUCAAUCACAACCAAAAAUUCUUAAUAAUAGCAUACAACAACCAGGACGCAUUACCUUACCCACCACAGCUAUUAGCGCCAAUACAACCAGCAGUAGCAGCGGCAACAGCGGUAUGGUAAAGAUAAAACAAGUAACACAAAAUGGCAAUAAAUUGUAUACCGUACUAAAGCCCUCAUCAAUAGACCAAAAAACCAAUCCCAAACUCUAUAGUGUUUUAAAAACUAACAAUCAAACCACAUCUGCAACAGCAGCUUCCUCAUCAUCAGCUACCAACACUACAACAAAUAAAGCUGCGGGCAUUGCUAAACCUUUAAUAAAUAAACAACAACUUCUACAACAGCAGCAAAAAUUGCUACAACUGAAAAAGCAACAACAGUCUGCAACAUCUCAAAACACCACAAAAUCUAAUAUAGCUAUAGCCUCCUCAUCUGGCUAUAUAAUCCCCAUACAAAUUAAAGAAGAACCAGCAGAUUCUAAUUCAACCACUGCUAGUAAUAUCGAGUCAUCUGCGGCACAACACAAUUCUGCUGUGGCUGAGGAUGAAAACGAUUCAAUGGAUCCCAUGGUGGGUGGUGUACGUCGUAAACAUUGUAAUUGUAGUAAAUCACAAUGUUUGAAAUUAUAUUGUGACUGUUUUGCCAAUGGAGAAUUUUGUCAGGAUUGUACGUGUAAGGAUUGCUUUAAUAAUUUAGAAAAUGAAGAUGAACGUCAGCGGGCCAUUAAGACUUGUUUGGAAAGGAAUCCAAAUGCUUUUAAGCCAAAAAUUACAUCAUCAAGAGAUCAAGCCGAUAUGCGUUUACAUAAUAAAGGAUGUAACUGCAAACGUUCGGGAUGUUUGAAAAACUAUUGUGAAUGUUAUGAAGCUAAGAUACCCUGCAGUUCAAACUGCAAAUGUGUGGGCUGUCGUAAUGUUGAAGAUCGUCCAGAUUUGGAUAUGGAUCCCAUAGAUCCUAAAAUUAUGGCCACUAUAGCAAUGGGUGGCUCAAAUGCUGAUAGUAUGUCCCUAAAGCGUAGCUAUGAUAAAACGCAAAGAGAUUUAAGUGGUACUUUACCGGGUAUAUCGAUUAAAGCGGAAAAGAAAGAAACCAAAUCGGUUAGUAAUUAUGAUACUGGUGCCGUUUCACCCACUCUAGAGGGACAACAGUGUAAUUUUAUAACUCAAGAAGUAAUCGAUGCCACCAUACAGUGCAUGAUAACGCAGGCGGAUGAAUGUGAAAAGAAUAAUUUACCAGCGUAUCAAACAGAGAAAAUGGUUAUGGAAGAAUUGGGUCGUUGUUUGGUAGAAAUUAUUGACUUUUCAAUACGCACUUCAGAUAAUAGUUAUGCACAAGAUUAAGUGUUUAAAAACGAUAUCAAAUAUUGUAAAGAUGUUAAAUACAUACAGAAUAUAUAUA